AUGCGCCUCAGGGGAAGGGAGGCGGCGGUGAUGGCGCGGGGCGGCGACGCUGCAAGGAGAUCUUGCCGGUGGGCGGGGGCGACGGCCGCUGCAAUAGCGGGCGCGGGACGGCGGCACUGCAAUAGCGGGCGCGGUGGCACUGCAAGCGCGGGUGCGGGGCGAGGCCGGCGGGCGCGAGGCGGGCUUGAUCCUCGCGUCUGGAUCCAGGCGCUCAGUCGCGGGACGAGGCGGGCACGGGGCCAGGCGGGGCUUUGGGCUUACCGGCGAGGCGAGCGCGAGGCAGCCUCACUGCAAGGCGCGAGGCGGAGCUUGCCGGCGGGCGCCCCUCCUUCAGCUCGGCCUCAGCCGCCGCCGGUGCUGGUCAGAAGGGGAGGGAGGGAGAAAUUUGAGGAAGAAGGAGCAAUUUACUCCUAUGCCGCCUACGACAUCACCAACUCCUCUGCGGCCCAGUCCUACGCAGCCGACGACGACAUUGCUCCUUACCCGCAGCAGCAGCAGCCACAGUACCUCAAUUUCGGCGGCAGCAGCUAUCAGUACGAUGGUGCCGCGAGUGCUAUGGGCAUGGGCAUGGACAUGGACCAGUUCAGCGCGCUCAUGGAGGCCACGUCGAUCUCACCUGCUGCACCAUCCUGGGCGGAGCAGCACGAGGCAAAGAAGGCCAACGCCGAGUCUCCGCAGCUGAUCGGCGUGCGGAGGGGGCCGUGGGGCAAGUACGCCGCGGAGAUCCGGGACUCCACGCGCAGCGGCGAGCGCGUGUGGCUGGGCACCUUCGACACCCCGGAGGCCGCUGCGCUGGCCUACGACCAGGCGGCCUACACGUCGCGCGGAACUGCGGCCGUGCUCAAUUUCCCGGUGGAGCGAGUCCGGGAGUCGCUGCGCGUGCUGAAGCUCGGCGAAGCCGCGGACGCGGGGAAGGACGACUCGCCUGUGCUGGCGCUCAAGAGGCGCCACUGCAUCCGGAAGCGCACUCCCAAGGGCAAGGGCCAGGGUGACAUGAAGAAGAAGCAACCUGCUGCUGCUGCUGCGUCGAGCGUGCUGGAGCUGGAGGACCUAGGAGCAGACUACUUGGAAGAGCUGCUCGCGUUGUCCGAGCAGUGGUCGAAUGAAUGA